AAUGAAUAAGUCCCCUCACAAUGGUUUUAAGACACCAGAUAAAUCAGCAUCUAAGCUAUCAUAAUACAAUGGUAAAUGUGUAUGUUAGAUUUGUACAUGUGGAAAAGACAAAUGUCCUCCUUAACAAUUACAUGUGAAUCCAUCACAUUUCGACACUACAAAUCGUAAAUCCUAUGUAAAAUGGGAUGUUAAGAAAACUACCCCCAUUGUUCCUGAAUAAUAUAAAAUCAAUUAUGGAACCCAAUCAUUUGUUUCAUCUUAUUAAAGAGAUUAUACUCCAUAAAAGACUCCAGAAAGACAAACAAGAAUAACUUAAGAAACAACAAUACCAUACCAUAGACCCUUUGUUUCCUCAACAGAAUAUAAUUAAAGGUAUUAACCUUAUCAAACAUUGCCAAUAUAAUUGAAGCCUAAGUAUUUUUAUUAAGAAAACCCAAAUAAAAUUUAGGCUAGUACUACAUAUAGUGAAAAUUUCAGACCAUAACCAAUAUCUAAUUAACAUUAAAUUAAAUAGCAUGACAGUUCAUUCACUCCUACAAAAAUUUAAUUUAAUUCUUCUUCUAAAUAUUAAGAAGAUUAUACAGCUUAAAAAGGAAAUAGAGCUGCUCCAAUAAAACAUAAUAAUUAAUCUCCUUUUGGAGGAGUUAAUAUGGAAAAGCUUUCAUCCUACCAAAAAGAUUAUUAAAGACUAGAUGAGAGUACUUAUAAAAAGCCAUAAUGUCCUAUUAGAAUGCUUCCAGUUCCAGAUAGGUAAAAUUUAUAAUCAAAAUUUAUAGAAAUAAGAGUCCAAAUAAACAUUUAAUGUUUAGUGCCUAAAAAAAUGAUUGGGAAUGA